GUCAAGAAGGCCAUGAAGGAAUCCUUCAAAAUCCUCAAUGAGGCUGCAUCGUUGGGUCAGGGCAGUCUGUGUAACCAGGCCAUCAUGCUGAUCACUGACGGAGCCAUGGAGGAUUAUGAGGAAGUGUUUCAGGAGUUCAACUGGCCAGAACGCAGGGUGCGUGUUUUUACUUACCUUAUUGGUCGAGAGGUGACCUUCGCUGACACUGUGAAGUGGAUUGCCUGCAACAAUAAAGGUUACUACACACACGUCUCCACGUUGGCCGAUGUUCAGGAGAAUGUCAUGGAGUACCUUCACGUUCUGAGUCGACCAAUGGUCAUCAACCAUGAUCAUGACAUCAUCUGGACAGAGGCUUACAUGGACAGUGCGCUGCCCAACACAGCAGAGCUGUUCAACACCCAGGCUCAGAGCCUGCUCCUCAUGACCUCUGUGGCCAUGCCUGUGUUCAGCAAGAAGAAGGAGACGCUGUCUCAUGGUAUUCUGCUGGGGGUGGUGGGGACCGACGUCCCUCUGAGAGAACUGAUGAGGCUGGCUCCUAGAUACAAGCUGGGUGUCCAUGGUUACGCCUUCCUCAACACCAACAACGGUUAUAUCCUCGCCCACCCUGACCUCCGACCUCUGUAUAAGGAGGGAAAGAAGCUGAAGCCAAAACCCAACUACAACAGUGUUGAUCUGGCUGAGGUGGAGUGGGAGGACACGGAUGAGACGUUGAGAACUGCCAUGGUAAAAGGAGAGACAGGUACUCUGUCCUUAGACGUCAGAGCCACUGUAGAGAAAGGGAGAAGAGUCAUGUUCCUGAAGAAUGACUACUUCUACACAACCAUCAACGAGACUCCGUUCAGUCUUGGCAUGGUGCUGACCAGAGGGCACGGAGAAUAUAUCUUCAUUGGGAACGUGUCUGUUAGGGAAGGCCUCAAUGACCUGAUGCAGCCAGAUGUGUCCAUCGCAAAUGAGUGGACCUACUGUGAGACAGACAUUGACCCUCACCACCGCAAGCUGACCCAGCUCCAGGCUGUGUUUCGAUACCUCACAGGGAAGGAACCUGAUCUGGAGUGUGAUGAGGAACUGUUGAGACAGACUCUGUUUGAUGCUGUGGUCACAGCCCCCAUGGAGGCUUACUGGACAGCAUUGAUGCUCAACCCAUCUGGUAUGGACGAGGGGGUGGAGACUGCGUUCCUGGGCACCCGGUCUGGUCUGAUGAGGGUCACCAGAUACGUGGGCAUUGAGAAACGCGUUGCCAAACCAAAGGUCUUCUCCAAGAAAUUCCUGUCUCCGUCGGACAAGGAGAACAUCUUUACGAUGGACCACUUCCCCGUGUGGUAUCGCCGCGCUGCAGAGUACCCCGCCGGCAAGUUCCUGUACUACAUCCCCAAAGAGGACACCAGAGAUGCGUCAGGGAGGAUGGUGAUCGCCACCACAGCUGUGACUGUCACCGUGGGCAAGAAGACUGCAGUGGCAGGAGGUAGGAACAAUUAUCUCUUUUACAUCUCUCUGUCUUGUUCUCUCGCUCUCUUGUUCUCUUGUUCUCUCUGUCUCUCCCUCGCUCUCUUGUUCCCUCGCUCUCUUGACUUUGUGAAUGAUAUUGAGGAGUUUAUGAAUGUUUAUGAGGACUUUAUGAAUGUUUAUGAGGACUUUGUGAAUGAUAUUGAGGAGUUUAUGAAUGUUUAUGAGGACUUUAUGAAUGUUUAUGAGGACUUUAUGAAUGUUUAUGAGGACUUUAUGAAUGUUUAUGAGGAGUUUAUGAAUGUUUAUGAGGACUUUGUGAAUGAUAUUGAGGAGUUUAUGAAUGUUUAUGAGGAGUUUAUGAAUGUUUAUGAGGAGUUUAUGAAUGUUUAUGAGGACUUUAUGAAUGCUCUAUAA